UACUUUCGAUUUUUAAACCCGGAAGCGGGGACAUGGAUCUGAUCUCUCCUCGGGGGUGAAGGAAAAAAUAUGGAUCUGACAGGGUUCGGGGUUCAGGAGCAUUAAUUCUUAUUAUUAAUUACAUUAUUUAUUAUUUUAUUUGCUUUUGACGGGUGCUACACACACACACACACACACACACACACACACACACUUGAGGAACUACGACCAUCGAAAACAAAAAAACUGUUUUGCCUUCGGAGAAAACUUUUCCUACAUCACAAGUUCUCCAUCAGGUUCCUGGAAAUCUCUACACUGCAGUAUGAACCUGACCGACCUGAAGAACUUCUUAUUAUUAUUUCUUACAUUUGGUUGUCUUCAAGAAUCUGUAGAUGCUCACUCUCUGGAGUACCACUACACCGCACUCACUCCCCAAUAUACUGGUUUCCCAGAGUUCACUGCUGUGGGUCUGCUGGAUGAAAAGCAGUUUAUGUUCUACAGUAGCAGUAACAAGAUGCUGAUCCCAGAGAACUGGAUAAAGAAGAGUACGAGUGAAAAUUACUGGAAGAGUGAAAAACAGGACAUGGAGGGACAUCAUGAUGACUUUAACAACAUCUUCACAAAAAUAAAGAGUCUGUUUAAUGACAGUAGAGGACACACACUACAAAGGAUGUACGGCUGUGAAAGUGAUGAUGGCGGCAUCACUAGACGAUACGAUCAGUACUGUUUUGAUGGAGAAGAUUUCAUCAGUCUGGAUCUGGAAAAUGGAACCUGGAUUGCAGUUAAACCUCAAGCUCUGAUCCUCAAACACGACUGGGAGUCUAAUAAAUAUACUAAAUUCUGGAAGAACUUCCUGGAGCAUGACUGUAUUGAUCUGUUAAAAACAUUUGUGAAUUAUGGCAGAGAGACUCUGAAGAGAAAAGUUCGUCCUGAGACAUUUUUGUUCCAGAAAGAAUCUCCUCCAGAGGUGGUGUGUGAUGCUACAGGUUUCUUCCCCAAAGCACUGAAUAUCUCCUGGAAGAAGGACGGACAGGACGUGCAUGUGGACGUGGAUCUCAGAGAGACGUUACCCAACCAGGAUGGAAGCUUCCAGAAGAGGAGCAUUCUGAAAGUCUCAGCUGAGGAGCUGCAGAAACACACCUACACCUGUGUGAUUGAGCACAGCAGCUUGGAGAAGGAUUUAGUGCUGCCUGUGAGCGAGAGACGAAUCCUGAGAGAUGGAGGAUCAGGUGGAGGAUCAGGUGGAGGACUGAUUGGGAUCAUCGUUGGUAUCAUUGUGGCUCUCGUUGUCCUCGUUGCUGUUGUUGCUGGAAUUGUGGUCUGGAAGAAGAAGAACUCUGGAUUCAGACGUGUUCCAGCCAGUGCCUCCUCUGAUGGAGAUUCUUGCUCUGGUAUAUCAGUAGAAAGUGAUCCUGCUGCAGCGAGAGAGGGAGAGGAGAUAGAGUUGUUAAAUGUGCCAAGCAACCAGAACAACAUCAACACAUCAGAACAAACUGCACUCGACUGCAGAAAAGUUCUCUUGCAUCAAACAAAAGAUGGGGAUCUGAAGAGCUGAGCUGCAUUGAUCUCUCUUCUACACUCUCUGAAACCCAUCCGCUGGACCUGGAGUGAACCUGGUCGACCUUUAAUCCAAAGAAUAAAAUUGCUGCCACUCCAAGCUGCCAGUUUUUGGUCCUUGAACAUGACCCCGUGAACAUGACCCUCAGCUGCUCUGUGAAUAAAUAAGAUUAUUGUCGUUUUGUUCACUCUGUAUGAGGGCAUCUACCAAAUGUUAGUUAAUGACCUCAGAGUGAUGGAACUGUAAUGAGUGGACAUUCAGUGUUAAGGACGAGGUGCAUCUCAGGUACAGUUGUCUCUGGGCGGAGCAUUAAGUGGAUUAUUACCACCUGAAGUGCCAUAAAAUCUACUAUGGCAUGGAAGCAGCAAUGAGACAUCAGUCAUCAUUCCUGACUAAAGGGAACAUGACUGGAAUGAUCUUCCAGAGAGACAAUCAUAUCUCUCCAUUAUUUGAGUGGCAUCAAUAAUGUGAGACCUUAAUAUAUAUUUACUCCAAGACUUUGUUUACAUUCCUGCAGAGGAAACAGUAUAAACUGCUGAAGACGUCUCAACUGAUGUUGUUUACUGUGAUUCCAAUGUGAAUCUGAAUUCAUAACUCCUGCAUGUUCUAUGUUACUGGUGCCUUCAAAAUGAGAGUUUCUAUUAGUUUGGACAAAGUAAUAGACACUCUCAUCCUUAGUUACUUAAAUAAGCUAUCGAUUAUUGAAGUAACUGACUAUUCUACCGAUUAUUCCAUCGAGUUAUUGAGUAAUCGGAAGUAGUUUAUCUGCAAUAAAGAGCAAUUCUAAGCUCUCUUGAAAUGAAAAAGCCGUUUGUUUCCUUUGUGGGAAAAUGUAUAAUUCAUUGGUGAAAUUGUAUAUAAGAACAUGUGUGAAUAUCAGAAGUUUGAAGCUGUUGGUGUACGAACGAGGCCUCUUGUGCUUCAUCUGUUUGGUUUUCCUCCAGAGCUGAUUUGAUAUCAUGCGAUACUAUUGAUUGUUACCGAUUUCAUUUUCAAAAGAAAAAGAAAAUCGGAAUUAGGUCCAUUUUUUUUAUGUAGAGAAAACGGGCUUCCAUAUGGAUGUUCUCGCUGUUUCUUUUCUCCCCAUUCGUCCAUUUUUUAAAUUCUGCGUUACCUGUACAGGACGCUACAGUGUUUAACGGGUGGUGCGUGAGUAAUAAUGGUCCGUGGGGAAACGCAGUGCCGACUGUGUGAACUUUUAAAAAUGUAAUGGAUUUUAUUUAUUAAUGCUGAUGUUUAAGUGCAAUUAAAUGUUAUUAUGUUUAUUGAAACAUGGAAUUUAACUGUGAUUAUAUCUCUCUAUUACAACACAUUGUUAAAAUAAAACAUUUUCAUGUUUUUUACAAUUUAAAUUAAACAAUUUUUUAAUAGAAAUACUGUUUUUUUUUAUAUUUUUUUACUUUGUAUUUACUUUGCAUACUGCAUGCACUUACUGCAGGAAACAUUCAAGUGUUUUAAAGCAAAUACCAAAGAUAAGAAAAAUAAAAAGAAUGAACAACUGA